CGUCUCUGUGUGUAUGUGCGUGUGUGUGUUGCGACUGCCGCUGGUGGUGCCCUCUCGGCCUUUGGCUUGGGAAGCGGGUUUCAUGGACAAAUAAAAUGAUAGAUCAAAUGGACAGACAGAUGGCAGAAAGAGACAUACUGGGAAAAUAUGGCUCAGACUGAAGUACUUUCUUACAGGACCCUGCUGAAUUUGAUGGGUCAGGAAGCUGGAAAACCCACAUGGCCAAAACCAACAGGAGGCUAUCAAACUAUUACAGGGAGAAGAUAUGGAAGAAGACAUGCCUAUGUCAGUUUUAGACCAUCUCUGAUGAAUCAAGAAAGAUAUUCAAACCAACAGACAGAAGAAUGUGAAGGAUUAGAACUAGACAGUGUUCUAAAAGAAAAUUUAUUGUGUUCCAGUCCACAUGUUCCCGUAUGUUCUCCAUUGGUAGAUGCACCAUUAUUACCAAAUAUUGGAUCAGAAGAACCUGCUUGUGAAGCUGAUUCUAACCACGCUAUCACCAUAGAUACUUCCAUGUUUUCUCCAACGUGCUACAAUUUGUGUGAUCACCAAAAUGUUGCCAACAAUGAGAAUUCUAAUGACAAUGUGGAGUCUACUUCUGAAGAGUGCAAUAAUCUUCAUGGCCAGAAUGGAAUAGCCUUUGUAAACAUUGACUCUUAUGAACCAGACAGCAGUGAUGGAGAGGAAGAUAGUUUCCAAAAUGCUAUCACAUUAGCUAAAGAAGAAACAGGACUGUUUCAAGAAAAACUGGACAAUAUGCUUUCUAGGUUAGAAAAAGAUAUGGACUCCUUCAGUGAUCUGCAGUCACAUCUGCCUAGUUUCAGUCAUAAUACCAUAAGUAAAAGUUUUGAAGAUCUUAGACUAGUGCCUUUUAGAAGACUUUCUAGCAUAGAAUCAGAUACUGUUUAUCAAAACAAGUCACUUUCGAAAAUAUCUAAUGAUGAAACUUUAGCAAAAAGUAACCUUAUUUCUUAUGAUUUAGAACAGAAAAACAGUACAGUUGAGCCUACAAUUAGGACACAUGUUGGAAUUUGUAAUGCACUGAGUACUACAAGCAUGAAAGUGGACCAAGAGAAUUCAGCUGAAUUGGUAGUAAGACCCAAAGUUAGAAAACAGAAUCCUGUUAGUGAGAUUGAUAAAAAACAGUCUGUAAUGAAUGAAGAGGAAGAAAAAAGAAGUAGUAAAAUGUGGACUGAUAAUGUGGAUGAUCAGCCAUGCAAUGCUGAAAUUAUCUCAAAGCAUAGUAAAGAAAAAAAAUCUAAUAUCAUUUUUGACCCCAAAGAGUAUGAAUUGGCUGAAAAGAAAGUAAAAAAUGAACCAAGGAAACACAAUACAAGUCUUCAAGAAAAAAGUAAAAUAGAUGAUAGUGCUUUUUGGGAUGAAUUUGAAGAUUGUGGUAUAAAUCUAUCUAAUUCCAACAAAGAUGAAGAUGACAGCUCAGAAUGCAGUGAUGGUGAAUGGUCUGCAUCCCUGCCUUCUUACUUUUCUGUGACUGUGAAAGAUCAGUCCUCCAGUGAUGAAAGCUGGGAGACACUUCCAGGCAAAGAGGAACAGGAACCUGAAGAGCAGAGUGAUAGCAGUGGUGUGGAAGAGGAACAUAAUGAUUUUGGUUUCCAAUCACGGGAACAGACUUCUCUAGAGGAUGGAGAGAUUCCUUGGUUGCAAUACCAUGAAGAAAUCGAAAGUAGCAGUGAUGAAGAAAAUGAUCAAGCUAGCCAUUUUGUUCAUCCUGGCUUUUUUAUGUUAGAUGGGAACAACAAUCUAGAAGAUGAUUCCAGUAUGAGUGAAGACCUAGAUGUUGAAUGGAGGCUACUUGAUGAAUUUGGGGAUGGUCUUGGGGUUGCUCAAGCAAUUUCGUAUGUGGAUCCCCAGUUCCUUACUUAUAUGGCCUUGGAAGAACGAUUGGCACAGGCUAUGGAGGUAACAAGCAUGUUCAUGGAAAUGACUUAUCAGCGUCUACAGACUGCGCUGGCACAUCUAGAGUCUCUUGCAAUUGAUGUUGAGCAGGCUCAUCCACCAGCUAGUAAAGAGAGCAUAGAUUGUCUGCCACAAAUUAUUAUUACAGAAGAUCACAACGCUGUAGGGCAAGAGCAGUGUUGUGCUAUUUGCUGUAGUGAGUACAUCAAAGAAGAAAUUGUAACAGAGCUUCCAUGUCGCCACUUCUUUCACGUGACAUGCAUAACACUUUGGUUACAAAAGUCUGGAACAUGUCCUGUGUGCCGCCAUGUGCUUCCUCCUGGGCUCUCAGAGUCAGCCGCUCCCAUAUUCACCUUCUUGCCCGAGCAGGAUUCUACUCCUUCAGUGCAGAGUGCCUCGGGAACACAAUAAAGGAAUACCUGAACAAGAAUUAGCCCAUCACAUUGUACUGUAAAGUUCUUUUAUUUAAUGAUAACAUGAAAUUGGUUUUGUAUGUGCGCCUGUGUAUGUGGCAUACUGUACACGCAUACACAAAAACAUGUAGAAAUUCCAACACACACAUUUUGCAAGAAUAUGCGAGCUUACAAAAUGGUUUAGAAUUAUAAAAAGAAUAACAGACUGAAAAACAAAAAGGUUGCACUAGUUUUCUGCGAUAAACAUUGCUCUUUACUAAAGUCUAAUGGUAAUGAUUCAGUUUGUCUUGAAAAAUGAUCAUUAAUGUGGCACUUAUAUUCAAAGUAAUGCAGCUGCAGUGCAGUUGGAGCUUACACACGUUAUGCAUAUGAUAUGUUUUACAUAAUAUAAUUUUGGAGGCUGGGUUUUUUCUUUUAAAAUAGUGCCACUUAAUUACUUUGUAUAUAACUCUUUCAUAUUUGCAUCAAAUGUGAAGAUGUUCUGUGAUAACAUCAGUAACAUACUUUGGUUUCACUGAAAAUAAACAGCAUAUAAUCAAA